CAGUGACACCGUGAAGGGAGGGGGAGGACGAGAGCUGAGCAGUGAGCAAUAGUUCACUGGAUGUGGGAUACAGAGUGGGAUCUGCAGCAGAACAAGAUCAGAUAGCUGAUAUACCAAGAAACUGUCAACUGCCCAUGACUCUGAAAUAAGCUGUGAGGUACUAAUUUUGUGAAUGGAUUGGACCCUAAAGGCCAUGAGGAUAGAGUGGUUCUACCCGUAACAAAAGAGAAGAUUUGAAGAAAGCCCAAGGAGAAGGAUGCAGCAGUUUGGCUAAAAGACCUGGGAGAAAAAAGGAAAGUUGGAAAUCAACAUUUAUUGGGAACACUUACAUACAAGGAAAAUACUUUUGUGCCUCACUUCUCAAUUCCAGUUGACAGAGACACUGUUUUGGGCGGAGCUGUCCACUUCCUCUGAGCCUUGUCCCUUUUUUAUAUGAUCCAAGCUGAUACUGUGAAGCCACAUCGCUGUGCCCCACUGAGGCAUGAGUGUGGGAAGGGCCCACCACCACAGCUUUGUGUCCUGUGAAGAAGCCGGCCUGAGACUAAGUACCAUGCCUGCUGUGGGCAGCUUCGGCAAUGGCAAGAUUCACACAAGACGCAAAUACCACAGCCGGUUUGUCAGCAAGGCUGGACAAUGCAACAUACACUUUUCAAAUAUGGAUGAAAAGUCACAGCGGUACAUAUCUGACAUUUUCACCACGUGUGUGGACGUCCGCUGGCGAUACAUGUUCUUGCUAUUCAGCCUGGUGUUUGUGGUCUCCUGGCUAACAUUCGGCCUGGCAUACUGGGUCAUCGGCCUCCUACACGGUGACAUGGAACAUCCUAAAGAGAAUGACAACUUUGUUCCCUGUGUCAUGCAGGUUAACACCUUUGUGGCAGCUUUCCUGUUCUCUGUUGAGACCCAGACAACCAUUGGGUAUGGUGCUCGCUGUGUGACAGAGGAAUGCCCAGUUGCUAUCUUCAUGGUGGUUUUUCAGUCCAUCAUGGGCUGCAUCAUCGAUGCCUUCAUGAUUGGUGCCAUCAUGGCCAAGAUGGCAAGGCCGAAAAAACGUGCAGAGACUCUACUGUUUAGCCACAAUGCAGUCAUCGCUUUACGCGAUGGGAAACUGUGCUUCAUGUUUAGGGUUGCUAAUCUAAGGAAGAGCCACAUUGUGGAAGCUCAUGUACGAGCCCAGCUUGUCAAACCCCGUUACACAGAGGAAGGCGAAUACAUCCCCUUGGAUCAGAUUGACAUGAACGUAGGUUAUGACAAUGGCACAGACCGCCUUUUUCUGGUUGCACCCCUCACUGUCAUACAUGAGAUUAAUGAAGAAAGUCCACUGUUUGGCAUCAGUAAACAAGAUCUUGAAACAUCUGACUUUGAGAUAGUAAUUAUACUUGAGGGGUUGGUGGAGGCCACAGCCAUGACGACGCAGGCGCGCAGCUCUUACCUACCGUCAGAGAUUCUGUGGGGUCACCGCUUUGAACCCGUCAUCUUUGAGGAGAAGAGCCAGUACAGGAUAGAUUAUGCUUACUUUCACAAAACAUACGAAGUACUGUCCACCCCCAGAUGCAGUGCCAAGGACAUGGAGGAGAGAAAAUUCCCAACAUCUGGCGCCAACUCUUUCUGCUAUGAGAACGAGCUGGUCUUCAUCAGCAAAGAUGAGGAGGAGGAGGGAUAUGUAGAGAAAGAGGAAGACCGAAAGUGUUCAACAGACCUAGUGAAUGAGCAGGCCAUUCCCGUGGAUGAUCAAAAGUCCUCACAUAAAGAAUCAGAGAUCUAACCUUUGGCUUUUUCUAGUUUGGUUUGUUUUUGGAUGCAGAGCAGUGCAAGCGUCAUGUGAAGAGCCCUGUGACUGUCAUUCUCCUGACAUGAGGAUACCAAAAUAGCAGCAAUGAUCUCUGUCAGAAAAGCAAGGACAUUUAUCAUUGGAUUUAUUCCUGUGCUCUCCCGAAAGUUAUGAAGCUUUAAUGAAAACAAAACCUGUCAGGUUUCAAUUUUCAGACAAAACUAGUCAUAAAGUCUAUGACAAUAGCAUGGUUUUGUAUGAAUAUUUUGAGAAAUGGUUCAUAGUUUGCAACAAGUUUGGAGUGAAAUUGACACUUUGCAGAUGUUGUUUAGAAAACUAAACCUUGGGAAUAUUUCUCCAGAUUAAUUUGGUAAAAACAGAAGUGUAGAUUAACAGUGGAUGUUCCUCUUAAUGAUAUCAUUUUUGUGAACAACAAGACUAAAUAUUCUACAUUAUACAAUGUAGAAUAUUUAAGUUGGCAGACAUACUGAUAUACAGUACAUGCAUGCAUGCAAUCUAACCAUGGGGGGCACAUGACGAGGAGAGUUUUGAAUAUUUCUGUCACAAAAAGGGAAGACAGUUAAUUAUGCAUAUUUUAGCCAGUGGGAAACAUUUGACCUGAGUAGAUGUUAAAUAUGUAGUUUCUUUUUCAACUGUUUACCAGAAACGUUUUUGAGCAUACACUGAGUGACUGAGCGUUUUUCCAAGCCCUGCUCCCCUUGGUGUUGCUACACCUGUGAAACUUUUUGUUCUUCCAAAGCAACAUGCAAUUUACAAUAAUAA